GCGCUGUUGCGGAAGACCUCCCUGCAGUCUGCAGCAUGCGCUCCUCUCCAUCUUCUAGAUGCACAAAGACCUUCAUCAAAUGCCUUUCAGCUACAGAGUCUGAUAGUAUGGCACCGCUGUAAUGUUUUUUAUUGCUUUUUUUGUUUUGUUUUUAUUUUGGUUUGACGCACUGAUUUAGGGAACUUAAAACGCAACAAUCUCCGUUUAUGUGGAAGUUUGGGAGCGUGUGUCGCUCCGGAGGAGAGGCAGUGAUGGCGGUCCCCCUGAAAACAGCGCUGGCUCUGUUGGUUUCUGCCCUGGCAGCUGCCCUGUGUGCAGACGUAGAGGAGAGGCUGGUGAGUCAGCUGUUGUCACCGGAGCGGUAUAACAAGCUGAUCAGGCCAGCUGUCAACAACAGCCAGCAGGUCACAAUUUACAUACAGGUGUCUCUGGCCCAGCUGAUCAACGUGAAUGAGAGGGAGCAGAUCAUGACCACUAACUGCUGGUUAACCCAGGGUUGGAACGACUACCGAUUAAUGUGGGAUCCCAACGAGUAUGAGGGAAUAAAGAAAAUACGACUGCCGUCACAGCACAUCUGGCUUCCAGAUAUCGUCCUCUAUAACAAUGCUGAUGGAACAUAUGAAGUUUCCUUCUACUCCAAUGCUUUAGUUUCCAACAACGGAGAUGUUGACUGGCUCCCACCUGCCAUCUACAAAUCUGCCUGUAAAAUUGAAGUGCGGGAUUUCCCUUUUGACCAGCAGAACUGCACCCUCAAGUUUCGUUCCUGGACGUAUGACCACACAGAGAUAGAUCUCAUCCUCCUCAGUGAUUAUGCCUCACGGGAUGACUUCAAACCCAGUGGUGAGUGGGAUAUUGUUUCCCUACCAGGACGCAAGAAUGAAGACCCAAAUGAUAUCAGGUACCUGGACAUCACCUAUGAUUUCAUCAUCAAGAGGAAACCUUUGUUCUACACCAUCAACCUGAUCAUCCCCUGCAUCCUCAUCACCUCCUUGGCUAUCCUGGUGUUUUACCUUCCAUCAGACUGUGGUGAAAAGAUGACUCUUUGCAUCUCCGUACUCCUGGCCCUGACUGUGUUUUUACUUCUUAUUUCAAAAAUUGUGCCACCAACAUCUUUAGCAGUGCCUCUGAUUGGGAAGUACCUCAUGUUUACAAUGGUGCUGGUCACCUUCUCUAUUGUCACAAGUGUUUGCGUGCUCAAUGUCCACCACCGCUCCCCGAGCACACACACCAUGCCACCUUGGGUCAAACGGGUUUUUCUGCACCGGCUUCCUUCUUUUCUCUUCAUGAGGAGACCAGGGAACUCCAAUAUCCGCGAGAGGUUCAGGAAAAAAUACCAGAGGCAGAAGUCCUCAGACCAGAUCCCAUGUGGAGCAGAGGGUGGGACAGGACAGGGGGUGGGAGUGGCCGAUUCUUCCUCAUCUUUCUUUGUUAACGAAGGGUCAGCCAAACGCUACGGCUGGCGAAGUAGUGACUUAUCAGAGAACACAGACAUUAGGAGGAGGAUGACACUCAAGAGCAAUAUUGAUAUGGAAGAAGCAGUGGAUGGUGUUCGCUACAUUGCUGACAAAAUGAAGAGUGAAGAUGAUGAUGAGGGAAUAAUUGAAGACUGGAAAUAUGUGGCCAUGGUGAUUGACCGCCUCUUCCUGUGGAUUUUUGUAUGUGUGUGUGUGGUCGGCACUGCAGGACUUUUCAUGCAGCCCCUUUUCCAGAGUUACAACACCCCAGUUGCUGAAGAUACAGAGCAUAAAUGAAAUCUGAAACUCCACCUUUAAGUUUUGAAAUGACUCAGACAGAAAAUUUACUUUACUGGAAAGAAACAUUUCUCUGCAGAUCCAGAAUGACCAUCACUUAUAAAACCCUGACCUGUAUACCCAAGUGCUCCCUCACCACCUGCUGAUCUCUGAUCUUCUGAUUUGAUCUUUCUUUGAACACUAAAUACCAGCAUGCCCACAUCCCUUAAUUUAUAACCCAACAUUUUGGAAAAGGUAUUGAUUAAAAAUAAAAUCCAAAAGCAUACUGGGUGGGCUUCUCUUUUAAUAUUUUGCCACGUUAAAAGUUUAAUGCAUUAUUUUUGGUAGAGAUACACGAAUCUGAAACCUGGAUUUUUAUGUCAAGACUAUUGGCUUCACUCACAUGGCAAGAUAUAUCAAUAUUGAAUAUACUGAUGAAUAUAUCUUGAAUAUAUCUCUGCCUUGGCACUGUAUCUGGAAAUAAAACGGAUCAGUCCAUUUCAACUUUCUGAGAUUUUUUUGCAGUAGUCAGUCCUACAAGGUCGCUGUCUUCUGUGUUUCAAAUGUUUCAACCCAAAUAAAUCAAAGUAACUGGUAAUUUGCUUGCUUUUGUAGAACAUGAGUGUAUGCUGAGGUAAUGAAUCUGUUGAAUUAUCUGUAUUAGGGCAGGGAUACGUCUAAAGCAGGGGUCUUUAUUCCUGGUCCAGCAUGUUUUAGGUGUUCCUACCUCCAUACACCUGACUUAGAUAAAUGGGUGAUUAACAGGUCCCUUCAGCCCUUGGAGGCUGAUGAGGUGGAAAUGCAGUCAUUUGACUCAGGUGUGCUCAAGCAGAGAUGCAUCUAAGGCUACGUUCACACCUCAGCCUGAAGUGACCCAAAUCCGAUUUUUUGGCCCAUAUGCGCUCUGGAUCUGAUCUUUUCAUGGCAGUCUGAACAACACAGAUCCAAUUUUUUCCAAUGCAACCCAGGCCACUUGGCUAUGUGGUCCUGAAUCCAAUACGAAUCAGAUCUUUUCAAAUGCGACCUGUGUCUGAACGGCCAGGUCACAUUCAUUCGACCUGAACGCCGUUAAUACCCGACAUAGGUCACUAUUCUGCAUCUUGCUACACAUAAGCUGCAAGAAAAAACAAACACCAUGGUGGACGAUGAUGGGGAGAGCAGUCAUUUUUUUUUACUAUUUUGAAAAGAUUGAGGUUUUAAGGUUUGGAAAGAUCGCUAGAUGCGCUCCAGCACUGCAUCCAUGUUUACUUCUGCAAACAAGAAGCAUGCUGGCUUGUAAUGUCAUUGCAUCCUCUAGUGUGCAUGCAGGACACAUAAGCUGUAUGAAUGCAGUUUACACAGGAGAUCACAUACAACUUGCAUAUAUAUGGAAAUGUAAACGGCAACGCAAAAAAAUACGAUUUCACAAAAAAAUCGGAAUUGAGCAUCAAGUCCUGCAGCGUGAACGUAGCCUAAAGCAUGCAGGACAGUGGGCCCAGAGAACCACGGAUGAAGGCCAUUGAUGAAGCAUACAGGAGAACAGCCUUUGAGGUCUGGUACAACGUGGUACAAAACUGCAAAGGGAAAAUGAUACAGUACAUAAUUUUCAAGUUAAAAGCCUGAAAAGGCCAGGUCCGCUUUUACUCUGAUACCCUUGGAUUGAAUUCAGUG